AUGAUCCACGAGAAAUCUGUGUUUGCAAACAACGAACUGAGUCUUCGAGAUAUUGCUGUAUACGGAUUUGACUAUGACUACACUUUAGCUCACUAUACCAAUGAAUUGAACAAUUUGAUAUAUCAGAUGUCAUUAGAAAAACUGAUCAAUGAGUACAGUUAUCCUGAGGAGUUACGAACGAUGACGUACGAUCCUGAAUUUGUGAUACGAGGAUUACAUAUCGACAUUAACAAGGGGAUUAUGAUGAAGAUCGAUUCCUAUCAAAAUAUCAUGCCAGGAACGGCUUACAGAGGUUAUCAGCAAAUUAGUGAAGAAGACAUUCAUCGAUAUUAUAGAGGAACACACAUUGGAAAUGAUCAAAUAAUCCCAACAAGAGAUAAUAAUGAUCGGCCAAGGAUGAGGCAUAUGAUAGAUUUGUUUGCGAAUAGUGAAGCAACUCUUAUGGCAAAUGUUUUUGAGUAUUUUGCACAGAAGAACAUAGAAUAUGAUCCAGCUUAUGUCUUUCGAGAUUGCCAGGAAACUGUGAGGAAGGUUCAUAGAUCAGGACAAAUUGGUUCCACUGUCGAGAAGGACAUCGGUCAGUACCUUCAUCCCAACCGAGAAUUACAAGAAUUCUUACAAAGUUUACUAGAAAGUGGUAAACAGACGUUCCUUAUAACGAACAGCGACUUCAACUUUGUAAACAAAGGUAUGAUCCACAUGUUAGGAGAAACAUGGAUGGAGCUUUUUGAUGUAGUCAUCACAAGUGCCAGGAAACCGUCAUUUUAUUUACGGACUGACAGGCCAUUCCGAUCUCUAGACAGUAAAGGCAGAAAAACCUGGGAAAGAGUUUCUCAUUUUCACGGAGGCGAACUUUAUACCGAGGGAAACGUUGAGCAAUUCAUGAAAUUUACCGGUUGGUAUGGACCAAAGGUUCUUUAUUUUGGUGACCAUGUCUACAGCGACUUAAUGGGACCGAUAUUAAAACAUGGAUGGCGAACUGGGGCAAUUAUUCAUGAUCUUGAGAAAGAGAUUAAGAUAUCAAACACAGAAGAGUUUCGACGUUCAGUAACUUGGUUAUUAUCUCUGCAACAGUUAAUUGAAGCGCUUCAGAGUGACAACUCUGAUGAAGCAUAUGAGUUGCUAAGAGAAUGGAAAAGAGAACGCUAUAUGUUAAGAGAAGAGCUGAAGAACAUGUUUAAUCCGCAGUUUGGAAGCGUAUUUCGUACAUAUCACAAUCCAUCUUAUUUCACUCGACGACUGGUUCGCUUUGCAGACAUCUACUCAUCAUCAAUCUCUAAUCUUCUCAACUAUUCCAAUGAUGUUACCUUCUACCCAAGAAGACAAGCUCUGCCUCAUGAACCAUUUAUCGAACUUUUUGCUUGA